AGCGGAGAGGUCUGAGCGCUCCUCCCCCAGCCCGGCGUCGGCGGCUGCACAGGAGGAGGAGGAGGGCGCAGAGAGAGCGCAGACAUGGCGGCCAACAUGUACCGAGUGGGAGAUUAUGUUUAUUUUGAAAACUCUUCAAGCAACCCAUAUCUGAUCAGGCGAAUAGAAGAACUUAAUAAGACUGCCAAUGGCAACGUCGAAGCAAAAGUGGUGUGCUUUUACAGACGCCGUGACAUCUCCAAUAGCCUCAUCAUGCUUGCUGACAAGCAUGCAAAAGAAGUUGAAGAAGAAUGUGAAAUUCCCAAAGAAGUAGAUUUGACUGAUAAACAGAAACAUCAACUGAAACACAGAGAGCUGUUUCUGUCUCGCCAAUAUGAGUCCCUUCCUGCAACACACAUCAGGGGGAAAUGCAGUGUUGCACUUCUGAAUGAGACAGAGUCUGUAUUGUCGUAUCUCAUUAAAGAGGAUACUUUCUUCUACUCACUGGUAUACGAUCCAUCACUGAAAACACUUCUAGCAGACAAAGGAGAAAUCAGAGUAGGUCCCAGAUAUCAAGCAGAUGUUCCAGAUAUGCUCGCAGAAGGAGAAACAGAUGACCGGGAACAGGCAAAGCUUGAAGUAAAAGUAUGGGAUCCAGACAGCCACCUCACUGAUCAUCAGAUCGAUCAGUUUUUAGUAGUAGCACGUGCGGUCGGUACGUUUGCCCGAGCUCUGGACUGCAGUAGUUCUGUAAGACAACCUAGCUUACACAUGAGUGCUGCUGCUGCUUCCCGUGACAUCACUCUGUUUCAUGCCAUGGAUACAUUGCAUAAGCAUAACUAUGACCUGAGCAGUGCUAUUAGUGUCCUGGUUCCACUUGGAGGGCCUGUCCUUUGCAGAGAUGAAAUGGAAGAAUGGUCCGCUUCAGAGGCUAGUUUGUUUGAAGAAGCCCUAGAGAAAUACGGCAAAGACUUCAACGACAUACGACAAGACUUUCUUCCUUGGAAGUCUCUGACUAGCAUCAUUGAAUAUUAUUAUAUGUGGAAAACUACAGACAGAUACAUCCAGCAGAAACGCCUAAAAGCUGCUGAAGCAGAAAGCAAAUUGAAACAAGUUUACAUACCAACCUACAACAAACCAAAUCCCAGUCAGAUAUCCAGCAGUAACGGGAAACCAAGUGCCGUGAACGGAGCCGUUGGAGCACCUCACCAGGCCCAGAAUGCACUAAUAGGCCGUGCUUGUGAAAGCUGCUACAUCACACAGUCUCAUCAGUGGUAUUCUUGGGGUCCACCCAACAUGCAGUGCAGGUUAUGUGCACCUUGUUGGAUUUAUUGGAAGAAAUAUGGUGGCCUGAAAAUGCCAACACUAACAAAUGAAGACAGAUUUUCUCCUACUCAAACCACAGAGGAAGCAUGUGUUAGAACACACAUGUCUCGCCAAGCAACACAGGGAAUACCAGUCCGGAACACAGGCAGUCCAAAAUCUGCCGUGAAGACACGCCAGUCGUUCUUCCUCCAUACGACAUACUUGACUAAACUUGCCCGCCAGGUCUGCAGAAACACUCUACAGUUGAAGCGAGCUGCAAGAAGACCGUUUGUCCUUAUUAACUGUGCUGCCAUUAGGGCAGAAUAUGCUGAUAGACAUUGUGAAUUUGUUGGAAAUCCUCUGAAGAUUAAAAGCACUCGGAAAUCAUUAUCAUGUAUCAUUGGAUACUUGGAGAUUCAUCCUGCCAUGAAGCCUAAUAUAAUCAAGUCAACACCAAGCCUUCAGAGUUCAAUGGCAAAGAGGUUGCUCGCUCCCCCUGGCCACUCAUCGUUAAGUAUUUUGGGGAAGAGAAACUACAGCCACCAUCACAACGGCCUGGAUGGACUUUCCAGUCAUACACAUGGGACUAAAAUGCAAGCGGCACAUGAUUUCUGUACAACUAAUGGUAAAACUUUACAAGUCGGCACAAGUGACCUUAUGCCAAGUGUUACGCCGUUGCUCAAGAGGCAGAGACAAAACUGGCUCAAUGCUCCUGAUGAUGGUUUCUUUAUUGCUACAGAAGAGACCAGUGCGGAAGCAGUUAGAAACCUUCUCAUGAAAACGCCGUAAGCAGUUUACUCGAUCACAGCUGAAAAGAGCUUGUAGGACCCCGUGCACUUUAAUUCUGAGGAAGGUGAAGUCCCUUCUGACUCACAAAGAGACUCAAGAGAAUUUGAGCAAUCAUUCACA